AUGCCAUUACAAGUCAAAGAGAAGUUGUCACUCUCAGCCGACUCGCCUGAAAAACGAGUCAUCGAAUUGAAUUUGACGCUUGAAGUGAUAAAAUUACUUCAAAAGGCACAAAGCGAUGGGAAGAAUUUGUCGGUGAAAUUCAACCCUAGUAAGCAAACGUCAUUGGUGAUUCACGCUGGUGAAGACAAAUACGAGUGUAUAUCUGAGAAUAAACCAGCAAGUGCGUUGUAUAAGGUGUAUCAACAGCUUUCACCAGCGGGGCUGGAGUUGGUGGGUGAAAUUACGAGUGAGGCUACGUUGAAGAAAUUACAGGAAGAGAAGAAAUUCCAGGCAGCAAGGGAGAAGAUGAGGAAAAAGCAAAUUGCGAUUAACCAACAGAAAGAGAAGAAAAGAGUCAUAAGGCUUGAUGAAGAACCAAUAAAAGCUGGCUCUAACAAGAGCACCACCACAUCAAGAGCCGCGACCCUCACAAAGCCAGCAGCUACCAGCAAGAUGAAUACAACCAAUAAUAACAGUAGUAGUAUUAAGACAAGUACAAGAGCGACAAGAUCAACCAAUUCGAUAAUGUCAUCAUCAUCUACAACAAAAGGAGGAGUCACAGGGAAUAAUGCAAAAGUUGCAAAGGCAACUGUGAAAUCAAAUGCUACUCGAAAACCUGGACCAACACUUGUACAAUCUUCCAAAUCAUCUGCAUCCGAAACACAAGGCAGUACUAGUCAAUCAAACCAGGUAUUAAUCGAAGAAGAAUCUGGCGGUAUUCCGUUAAAGACACGGAUCAUACAGUUGUUGGCGUGGACUGAUCUUCCGUUUGACAAGGUGGUAAGGAUGACACAAGAUAAUAAGGAUCAGGUAUUGGCCGUAUUAAAGAUGGUUGCACAACAAGUAGGACAGGAUUGGAGACUCAAGGAUGAGACAUACAAAGAAGUCAAGGUGUACGAGUGGACAAGCUAUGCGAAUGCUGAAAUAAAAGCGGUCGUUGACAGAGCUACCAAGGCAUUUAAUGCGUUAAAGAUUCCAAAAGACGCACCAGAAUGGAAAAAAUUGAGGCAACCUAUGGAGACAAAACGGAAAAGGCCGGCGCCCAGCAGCAUUGCAACAUUACCGGUGUCAUCAUCACGCAAUGAACCUCCAGAGAUGCCUGCAACAAAAAAACGUAAGACUGCACAAGCUGCGGCGCCAUCAACGUCUACUAUUGCAAUAACUUCCGUUACAACUCGAAGCCCGCGAGCUCGAAAAACAGCAAGAAAACCAGAACCAGUAGUCAAAAAAAGUCCAGCACCGUUAACAGCCUCUUCUUCCACUCAAGCUAAAAAACCUGCGGUCAGAAAGACUAAAAGUCAAUCAGGCGCUGAAGACAUACCUAACGUAAUUUCGCCAAGCAGCACAUCAACAGCUAAUGCAAGUGGAAGCAGAAAAUCAAUAUCACCUUCUUCAGCGUCUACUUCCACAUCAACGUCUAAUAACGGAGCAGAGUUUACAUUGGCGCGUGUUACUAGCUUAAAGCAAUUCAGGGACUUGGAAACCCUUUUUAGAAGUAAAUACGAACGUUACGAACAGCUCUUUAAUCAAUUGAAAGAUGAUCAUAAGACGAACGAGCGAUUAAAUGCCGAAUAUUCAAAUUGUAAAGAUCCGGAGGAAAAAGCGCAGAUCACUCGAAAAAUUGCUGCACAAUUCGGAGAUACAGGCGAAGUUUCUUUGAAGAUGCGCGAAUACACGACAAUUCAAGAUCAAUUAAGAGCCAUCAAGACUGAAUUGUAUCGCGCAUCCGAAGAAGAAACACUCGGAGCAACAGAUAUGGAUGUAGACAGAGAUGACAGGGUUGAUGAUGAUGAAACAGAAAUGUAG